CAUUUUGAAUGCAUUACAGGCUGAAUCCGCCAUAACGGAAAUUAAUUGUUGAAAAAGAGCACACUACCAGCGUGAUUCAGGAUGAUGGUCUCCGAGUGUUUGGGAAGCUGCUACAACCAGCUUCCUCAGCCUGAAGUGGUGCUGAGCCCAGAGGAUUCUGAAUUGAACUACUAUUUGUGGAUGCCUGGUGUCCAGUACCAGCCACGUUUACAGAGGAAGCUUAGUGAAUUGCGCUCAAUUACAACGGAAUCCGAGGUCAUUGUGGUUGACGAAGUCGUCGAAGAAGUGAUUGCUAAGGACGAGCUUUUUGUCAAGUUUAACAAUGCUGCUAGCAAUGGUAUGAUGGACCUGAAGACCGCCGCUGAAUUCAUUCGUCAAUUGGGAGCCACUCCAUCACAAGCUGAACUUGUUGAGUACAGUGCCACAUGUGGUAACUCACUCAACUUCGACCAGCUUAAGGAAUUACUUGCCCUUAGCAUGUACCCCAAGGAGGACGCAGCUUACUUACAGAAGGUCCUCGUUAGCCUCUCUAAGGACCAGGAAAAGAUUGAGUUCCCUCACUUCGAGUACAUUAUGGCCAACUAUGGUGAACCUAUGACAGCCGAGGAAUUGGCUGCUGUCAAGUCCAUUGUCUUUGGUAACAAUAACGUCCUUACCUGCGGUGAACUGGCCGCCAAGGUUGCGUAAUACUAUAUUUUUAGCGCACUUCAAACUACACGGUAAUAUA